CAAAAUAACACACAUUCUGGCCAUUUUUACCAGCAUUGUAUGGCCGAGUCUUGUAUUCAGCGAUGCGCCAUUCUGGCAUUUCCCUCGUACCACAGAAAACCACAUGGAUCAAUUUGUCAAGACCGUGGAAGCGUCGACCAAGACAAUUGAGCAGCACGCCAACCGACUUGGCCAGCAUGCCGAGCGCUUUGGACAGCGCAUGCAGCAGCGCGCGGCCGAGAUGGAAGCUUCGUUGCGCCAUCCAGCCCCAACACCGGCGCCUGCGCCGUCUGCGUUCAAACUCGGAGACAUUGUGCAGUGGGUCAAGGACACGUUCGGCGUCAACACGGACAUGGUGUACGAGUGCGCCAAGAAGAACGACGUUCAAACGCUUCUCCAGAUCCUGGACGGGUCGACGCCGGAGAUGCGUCCAAAGCUGCUCGAGUACAAGGACUCCCGCGGUCGGACUCCGCUCAUCAUGGCCAGUUCCCAAGGCCAUGUGCUGUGUGUACAAGUGCUGCUUCAACAUGGCGCGUUCAUCGACGCCGUCGACUCGAAAGGCAACACACCGCUGCACUACGCGUGCCAAGAAGGCGCGAUCGGCGUCAUCGAAUUCCUCAUGUCGCUUCCCGGCGUGAGUCCGUACAUCCAAAACUCUCGCGGGCUGUCACCGCUAGAAGUGGCGCGGCGGAGUGUCGAGAACAAGGUGCCCAAUGCGUCUGGCUGUGUGCACCUGUUGGAGACCCGCAUCCAGGUGUUCCAAGGCUGGGUGUACGAGAGCGUAGACAACAUCGGGUCAUCGAUCCUCGGUCUGUCGUCGCUGCAGUCGUGGGCCAACCGCUACGUCAUCAUCCUGCGCGUGGGUUCGCCGCAGUUUCUGGAGAUGGCGUUCUUCGACGUCGUCCAAGGCCAGCGCUCGCCGCUCCCUACGUCCACCUUCAUGCUGCACGUGCCGUCCCCAGUGACGUUGCACACAAAAGCCAAAUUGUUCGACUCGAAGCCGUGGGCAUUCAAAGUGCACGGCGCGCGCAAGAAGGGCGCGGGUAUUGUGGGUGCACUCCACGCUCGCGAACUUGCGGCCCCGGACCAAGCCAGCUUCCACGCGUGGGCGGCGUUUUUGACCGGAGGCGGCGCAGCCAACUCGCUUGUGGACUCGCAACUGCUGACCAAUUCGUCCGUCGAGUUUACGGUGGCACCCCAAGUUCACGGUCCGAGUCCCCCCGUGGCCCAGACCACUCCCUUGUUUCCCCAGCCCAAACCCCUCGACGACAGCUUUGUCUACGCUCCGCCUGCGUCGGCACCUCCUUUGGACGACCAUGACGUGGCUGCUCCCCUAGAGACUUCCGUGCCUGGAGAAUGCGUCGUCUGCUUUGACGGCCCCCAAAAUGCCGUCUGCGUACCGUGCGGCCACGCGGCCGUGUGCAUGCGAUGCGCUGACCACAUGAAGCAGUCGUCCCUGCAAUGUCCCGUCUGUCGCGCCGACGUUCGCGAAGUGAUUCAGCUUUUUCACGUCUAAAGGCAGCUAUUUGAUGCAUGGACAUUAGCAGUCCAGGUAGUCGUUAGAGUUGUACCAAUAGGAGGUGCAAAGGCGACUCUAUAUUUAUCGCAUUUAUAAGAGGCAAUGUGAAACAUUACGGUAUCAAAAGGGCAAAGCUCGAUCGCUUUGAGGGGGAUGAAUAGACCUGAGCAGGACACACUGACUUAUCGAAAUACAACGGCUUGGAAUGCCGGAACACCAUCUCGGUGAAACUUAUUGGACGUGAGCAAUGGACAUUCCAACGUGACUCCGGUCGAUUGAAGCGCGUACGACCCUGUCACGUUAAGUCGUAUCAGUUGCGGACAAUCCAGGUACAGAGUUUGGAGGGCUGGCAAG